UAUUUAGUUUUAUUAUUUUUUUCCACUCUUUUUAAUUUAAUUCAAUUCGAUGAACCAUUUCUCCAUUCUCCAUCUCACAAACAAGCAUGACCUCUUCCCCCCUUCUCCACACACUUUCAAUUUUCAUCACAAUUUCCAUCGCCGUCGCCGCCGCAGAGUCGCCGGAGAUUCUUUCCCUGCUGUCAAUCAAGUCAUCCCUGACAGAUCCUCUCGGCACAUUCGACGACUGGGUCCUAACCAACUCCUCCUCCUCGUACUCCUCGACCCCUAUCUGGUGCACCUGGACCGGCAUUAAAUGCAGCCGCCGAACCGGCCACGUCACCGCCCUCGACCUCUCCGGUCGGAAUCUCUCCGGGAAUAUUCCUCCCGACAUCAACGCCUUAUCCCAUCUACAUUACCUCAACCUCAGCCGGAACUCCUUCGCCGGCGAAUUCCCAGCCGCCAUUCUCCGCCGCCUCCCCAACCUUAAAAUCCUCGACAUUAACCACAACUCCUACAGUUCACUCCCAACCUUCCCGCCGGCGGCGCUCAAAUCCCUCAAUUUCUUCAACGCCUACAGCAAUUCCUUCGCCGGAGCCCUGCCGGAAAGCUUUGUCCCCCUGAAAAAUCUGGAAUAUCUCAACCUCGGCGGCAGCUACUUUUCCGGCGAGAUUCCGGCGAGCUACGGAAGCUUCUCGAAGCUCAGGCAUCUCUACCUGCAUGGAAAUUCGCUGACAGGCCCGAUCCCGGCGGAAUUGGGAAAUUUGAAGGAAUUAGAGCAUUUCGAACUAGGCUACAAUUCGUACUCAGGUGGGGUGCCUCUCGAAUUCUCGGACCUGUCGAAAUUAGAAUAUCUCGACAUCUCAUCGUCGAACCUGUCGGGAAAUCUUCCGACCGGGCUGGCCCGAUUGGGCCGUCUCCAAGAAUUACUGCUCUUCAAGAAUCACCUGUCAGGCCCGAUUCCUGAAAAUUGGGCCGAGAUGAAAUCCCUCCAGGUUCUUGAUUUGUCCGACAAUAACCUGUCGGGCCGAAUCCCGACGGGAUUCUCGGGCCUGGAAAGUCUCAGAAUGGUGUCGUUGUUGAACAACAACCUGUCGGGGGAGAUUCCAGGGGGGUUUGGUGACCUUCCGAAUCUUGAAGUUCUCUAUCUAUGGAACAAUUCCCUGUCAGGGAUUUUGCCUAAAAGGCUCGGGUCGAAUUCCAGGUUGCAAUCCCUGGAUGUGUCUUCGAAUUCCCUGACAGGCCCGAUUCCAAGGAAUCUUUGUCUCGGCGACAGCCUGGUGAAGCUCGUGCUGUUUUCGAACAGAUUUUUCGGGGAGAUCCCCCUGACGCUGGCGAAUUGUACGAGGUUGUCGCGGCUGCGGAUUCACGACAACCGGCUUAAUGGGUCGAUACCGUAUGGAUUUGGGUCGUUGCCUAAUCUCACUUUCGUCGAUGUAAGCGGGAAUGGUUUGUCGGGCCUGAUUCCCGACGACCUCGCCAAUGCUCGCCAAUUGGGGUUCUUGAAUAUAUCGGGGAACUCGUUCGAGUCUCCGCUCCCUGGGGGGAUUUGGAAGGCGCCGUGUUUGAAGAUUUUGCUGGCGAGUUCUUCGGGGCUCACCGGGAAAAUCCCGCGGUUCGAAGGAUGCACGAGCUUUUACCGGAUUGAGCUCGACGGAAACGAUCUCGACGGUAGCAUCCCAGGGGACAUUAGCCAAUGUACGAAGCUCAUCAGCCUGAAUUUGAGUCGGAAUUCGUUGUCCGGGAUCAUACCGUGGGAGAUUGCGAGCCUGCCUUCAAUCACGAAUCUCGACUUGUCGCGCAAUCACCUGACGGGCGCGAUUCCAUCGGGCUUGGGCAGCGUAAGGACGCUGGAGAAUCUCGACGUUUCGUACAAUCGGCUGACGGGGCCUUUGCCGUCGUCAGGGGUGCUGUUUUCGAGUCUCCACCCGUCUGCAUUCGCCGGGAACGAAGGCCUCUGCGGCAAGAUUCUCGAUAAGCCUUGCCAGGAAGAUGCGCCGGCUACAGACAUGGUGGCGAAGGACGAGCGCCGGCAGCCUAAGAAGACUGCCGGUGCAAUCGUCUGGAUAAUGGCUGUGGCCUUCGGCAUCGGCGUGUUCAUUCUCGUCGCAGGAAGCCAUUGCCGCGGCAGAUACAGCGGCAAUCUCCUCUGCGACCAUGGCGACGUCGGCCCCUGGAAGCUCACCGCGUUCCAGAGGCUAAACUUCACGGCGGACGACGUCCUCGAGUGCCUCAACAUGUCCGAGAACGUAAUCGGGAUGGGCUCGACCGGCGCCGUCUACAAAGCAAAGAUGCCGAGCGGCGACAUCAUCGCCGUCAAGAAGCUGUGGGGCAAGAACAAGGACACAAUCCGUCGUAGACGGGGAGUGUUGGCCGAGGUCGACGUGUUAGGGACCGUCCGGCAUCGGAACAUUGUCCGGCUGCUGGGGUGCUGCAGCAAUGCCGAAUGUACGAUGCUGCUCUACGAGUACAUGGCCAACGGGAGCCUCGACGACUUGCUACACGGCAAGAACAAAUGGGACAACCUCGUCGCGGACUGGUCGACGAGGUACAAGAUCGCGUUAGGCGUGGCGCAGGGCGUGUGCUACCUCCACCAUGACUGCGACCCGGUGAUCGUGCACCGCGACCUCAAGCCGAGCAACAUCCUCCUCGACGAGAAAAUGGAGGCGCGCCUCGCGGAUUUCGGAGUCGCGAAGCUGAUCCACGGCCGGGAGUCGAUGUCCGUGAUCGCCGGAUCGUACGGGUACAUCGCGCCCGAGUACGCUUACACGUUACAAGUGGACGAGAGGAGCGACGUGUACAGCUAUGGCGUGGUGCUGAUGGAGAUACUCACCGGGAAAAGAUCGGUCGACUCCGAAUUCGGAGACGGCAACUGUAUAGUAGAUUGGGUGAAAGCUAAGAUCAAGAUCAAGAAUGGAGUCGAUGAAGUUUUGGACAAAAAUGCAGGUGCAGGCUGUGCUUCUGUGAAGGAGGAGAUGCUGCUGCUCCUCAGAAUUGCACUGCUCUGCACCUGCCGGAAUCCGGCGGACCGGCCGUCGAUGAGGGACGUCGUGUCGAUGCUGCAGGAGGUCAAGCCAGGCGGCAAGCUGCCUCCCGCCGCCGGCGAAUUUGUGGCUGUGGAUAUUCCGGCGACACAAAAACCAGAGUAUUAAUUUGCCAGUGUGAUUUAUGUUCGUCAUCAACAUUUUCCUAUUUUGAAUUUGGGGAUUGGAUUGA